CCUAACCACACUUAACAGUUCAUUCCCUGUGUUCCCUGUAUCCCUGUGUCCCUAAUCCCUUCAUAUUUCCCUUUAAUUCCCUCCAAAAAAAUCUAAAAUAUUGCAUUAAGUAUAAUAAAGAUGUGUGGUAUUUUCUGUGUUUUGUGUAAAUCUUCUAUCACCUGUGAAAAUAUUAUUAACAAGUUAUCAUUCGAAGAAAACCUAAAAAACAGAGGCCCAAAUAGCUUCAACUUCAAAACGGUAUUCACACAAACAACCAGCCUUGCUUUCGCUGGCAGCGUCCUCUGGCUUCAAGGGACUUCUCCAACAGAACAACCUUUAGAAGAUUCCCAGUCGAUAUUUUGCUUUAAUGGAGACAUUUUUGCUGGGUUAAAUGAGGACGAACAAAAAAACCUGGGAGAUACAAAGUUGUUUCAUGACUUCCUUAAAGAACAACUACUGUCUUCAAAAUCCUUAAAUAAAAUUCAGGGACCUUAUGCAUUUAUAUUUUUUGAUAAAUUAAGCAAUAAACUGUACUUUGGUAGGGAUAUAUUUGGAAGGAGAAGCUUGCUUAUAGGCAAAAGUAACAUUAAUGGCGAUUUUAUUUUAACAAGUGUAGCUAAACGUAACACAGGAUUUGAUUUUAUUGAAAUGCCUUCAGUUGGUAUAUUUUGCUAUGAUAUUAUUAAUGAAAAAUUCCAAGUAGAUUUUUGGCAGCACAAAAAUAAGAACUUUUAUAGUAAAUUAAAAAUACUGGAAACAUUCCUAAGUACUGACAUAUCCAUUGCCAAACAUAUCUCAGCAAGUGAAGAUACAGUACAUAAUUUUAUUGAAAAUGAUAAUCUUGCUCUACUUAAAAAUAUUAAAAGCAAAGACAAUGAAGAGAUUUUCAAUUUACUGCUGAACUGUGAUACUUGGAUGCAUAAUGUGAUAGCUUUGAAGAAAUUGCUAGAAAAUGCUGUUAAAACAAGGAUAUGUACACAGCCCAAAUAUUGCAAUGAUUGUUUACCAACUAGGCUAGAUUGUCAACAUGCAACAACAGGAAUUUUAUUUUCAGGUGGCGUUGAUUGUGCCAUCCUUGCAGCCCUUACAGACAAAUUUGUAGAUAAAAAUCGACCUAUCGAUUUGCUUAAUGUCUCAUUUGAUGAAGCUAAAAACUAUCAAUCUCCUGAUAGAAUUACUGGAUUGCAGACACUUGAGGAAUUGAGAAGUUGCUAUCCAGAAAGAAAAUGGAAUUUUAUUGAAGUAAAUGUACCAGAAGAGGAGCUAGAUUUGGAAAGAAGUAGACAUAUUGCCGACUUAAUUUAUCCAUUAAAUACUAUUCUAGAUGACAGUCUUGGUUGCGCUUUAUGGUUUGCUAGUAGAGGAAAAAUAGCUGACUACACCUCUCCUUGCAGAAUUUUAGUUGUCGGUAUGGGAGCUGAUGAAUUGUUCGGAGGAUAUACUAGACAUAGGACGUCGUUCAGAAGGUAUUCAUGGAAAGGUCUUCAAGAGAUACUCGAUGAAGAUUGGAUGAACCUUCCGUACAGAAAUUUAGGAAGAGAUGACAGGGUAGUCUCAGAUCACGGAAGACAACUGAGGACACCAUACUUGGACGAAAAUGUUGUUGAGUUUGUUAGAGGCUUGGAAUGCUGGGAAAAGACAUAUCCGUCAGAAACCUUACCACAAGGCGUGGGCGAGAAAAUUUUACUGCGAUCUUUGGCUAGUCACUUGGGUUUGAGAGGAGCGGCUGUUUUGAAAAAGAGGGCUCUUCAAUUUGGUUCUCGGAUUGCUAAUGCUAAAGAGAAUGCACACGAUAUUUCGCAUAGAUUAGUAUAGAGACUGUGAAUGUAAAAAUAAUAUUAAAAAUAGCCUGUAGCAUGAUGGCAUUUAAGUGAAAAUUUAAAUAAUGGAAAUUCUAAUUUCAAGAAUAAAUAAAACAUGUAGACAGUGGAAGCAA